AUGUCAUCCAUAACGUCCUUGCGCGGGGCCCAUGCCCCUUCCACGGCCUCCGACGAAGACGAGUCCACCUACAUCAAGAGAACCAGGACACUUCACUGGGUUCGCAUCGGUCUUUGCGCGGUCACGUUGGCUCUCGCCACUGCCAUCAUUGCCACCGAAGGGCACGCUCUCCAGUACUAUAACCAGAUGAGCAAGUACGAGAAGAUGUACCUAGCGCUGUGGCCCGAGAAUCUGGAGCUGCGUCCCUCCGUCGCGCUUGUCAUCGGUGGCGUUAUCCUUGCACUGCAGAGCCUUGCCUAUUCGAUCGUGGCAUUGCUUCCCUCGCCCCGAUCCCGUAUUCUCCUCCUCAAUUCUUUUGCGACUGCCAUUUCGAUCAUUGGAUUUGUCGCAGCUCUCAUCGCCGUCGUUUUUACCCUCAUAUAUACCAAUCCUCAUAGCGAAAACGGCAGCUAUCGCGGAGAGACGAUCAAUUCGUGGACUUGCACGUGGGGCUUCGGCGGCAGGGACGCAGACGGAGUGGACAUUGAUGCGGUUGCGGAUUUCCCACAGCUUUUUCGGGUUGUGUCUUUCAGCGGGAAGGGGUUGGUAUCUAGAGGUUGA